AUGCGGGGACAUCAGCUGACUAGUAGUGUGAAUCACAAUGCAACUCUGAUAGUACAAUGUGUCAAAGCUAGAAUAAAUGAAGACUUGGAAAUAAGGGAAAAAGCUAUAAAAGAUCGAAUUGAUGAGUUGGCUAACCUAAUAAAUCUUCUACAAGAUAAAGUGGAAAAAACGGACACAAGAACCGGGGCGACUACCGUAACGGAUGUAAAAGGAACAAACGCGUCACGGGGAAACGCGGGUACGACGAGUUCUCCAGUUGCUACUUCGACCGCGUUCGCAACAAUUCCUGAGGCUCACCCUUGGUCAUCCACCGAUGCAUCGCUUCCCACUAUGAUUUCUGAAACUAGGAAUUACGAGAAGCUGCAAUUGAGCACAAUUAAGGAACUUGAACACGAAGAGACUAAAAUUCCAGAUACGCCACAAGAGGAUAUGACUACAAUCUCCUUAGAGGGAGAACUGUUCGUUACAGCAACUGCAGAAAAAUGUGGCUUCACGUACAAUUCAAAAUGCUUUCGGGCGAUUGUCUAUAAAACAUGGAAUGUCACUUUCAGCGAUGCCCAAUCGCUUUGUGGAAACAAUCUGGCUAACAUUUAUAACGUCGAGCAUUAUAGGCGGAUGCAAGAAUAUUUACACUCAAUGAUUCCCGAUGGACUGAAAUUCAUUGCAAUUUAUACCGGAAUGACUUACAAGAACGAGGGCCAAUUUCUAACGACGUCGGGUGAAGGUGUAGAUUUGUCAGAAGAAUUGUGGCAUCCUGCUUUUCCGUCGGCAUCGAAUCCACGUGUUGGUAUUGAUGUCAAUCGAUUGCUCACUAAUCAGGGGAUUAUCAAUCAAGAACCAACCUACAAACUCAAUGGCGCCAUUUGUGAAUUCAACUUAUAA